UAAUAGUAUAGUGUUGCAAGAAAUUCAUUUUCAGUCAUUCAUUCCGAGAUUGUCGGUUUCGCUUUUAUAGCGGCGUGGCAGGGCUCCGACCGCGUGUAGGGUUACGAGCUUUACAGGUUAGGUUAGUGGGGUGGUUUUUCUUCUAUAACAAUCAGGCCUUUCUCAGGGUUACAAGUAAAAAAGUUCACUGUGAAGCCACAAAGGAUAAGAAAAUAAUUUGAAAUGAGUGAAAAAGAAAAAAUCGCCACUAUAAAUGGCACAGCCACUGAGAUGGAAACGUUCUUGCCCAAGGAUAAUUCUGCCACAAACGGAGUGACCAAGUAUAAAAUAAAGGGAGAGGACUUUGAAGCAGCUAUUCAUGAAUUUGAUCCAUUUAAGGCCAGGGACUUAGAACACCCUGUAUCCAACUUAGAUACUCUUACUCAUCUCCUGAAGGCCUCCUUAGGCACGGGAAUUCUUUCAAUGCCCAUGGCCUUCGCCUCCUCCGGCUUAGUGAUGGGUAUCUUCUCAACCAUAAUGGUCUCGGUGAUCUGCACUCAUUGCUCCUACAUCUUGGUAGUAUGCGCCCAUGAGCUCUACAGAAGGUCAGGGAAAACGCAAAUGAGUUUCGCGGAAGUAGCUGAAGAAGCUUGCAAAAACGGGCCUAAGUGGGCUAGACCAUUUGCGGAACCAGCUAGGCAUACUGUACUGAUUGGGCUCUUUGUCACUUACUUCUUUACUUGCUCUUGCUACAGUGUGAUCAUGGCAAAUAGCAUUAACUACGUUCUAGAGCCGUAUAUGGAAGUGAAUAUCCGACUAACUAUAGCAGCACUUCUGAUACCUCUUAUACUGCUAGCCUAUGUUCCCAACUUAAAGUAUCUUGCGCCAUGCUCUAUGAUAGCCAAUGUGUGUAUGGGCAUAGGCCUUGCAAUUACUUUUUACUAUUUGGUAACUGAUAUUCCACCAAUCACAGACAGGAGGAUGGUUGGGGAGGUUACAACCCUGCCUAUUUCUGUAGCAAUUACUAUAUUUGCUAUUGAAGCCAUUGGAGUGAUAAUGCCAUUAGAGAACCACAUGAGUACGCCGCAAAAGUUCACUGGAAUUUGUGGAGUAUUGAACCAAGGAAUGUCUUUUGUUACCCUGGCCUACAUUCUUUUGGGCUUUUUUGGUUAUUUACGAUAUGGAGAUCAGACCGCAGAUAGUAUUACUUCUAACUUACCAAAAGAUGCUAUUGCCUCAAAAGCAGUUAACAUCCUGGUUGCCAUCGCUGUAUUCUUCACGUUCGGUCUGCAAUUUUACGUAUGCCUGGACAUCGCUUGGAAUGGCAUUAAGGAGAAAUGCACAAAACAUCCAACCCUCAGCCAAUACGGUCUGCGUACGAUAAUGGUCAUCGUAUGUGUGGGUUUAGCUAUUGCUGUUCCCACUAUUGUGCCAUUCGUCGGUCUGAUUGGUGCAUUUUGCUUUUCGAUACUCGGUCUUAUGGUUCCGGUGGCGAUCGAAAUUAUUACGUUCUGGGGUAAAGGAUUUGGUCCAGGAAAUUGGAAAAUAUUUAAGAAUAUUAUAAUUGUUGCCACUGGCAUAUUGGCGCUCAUCUUUGGAUCGAAAUCGUCCAUAGAGGCUAUAAUUAAGUUGUAUGUGCCUGCAGAACAAUAGUCAUUUUUUGUCAAACGUAGCAGUUUUAUAGGUUCGAAAUUUUCGUUCAUUGAAGUUCGACUUCUUUGGAUGUUAUAAAGUUUGGUUAUGUCUCACAGUUCCUUUUAAAAAAAUGGCCAAUGAAUUCCA